CCACGCACUAAAAGCGCCGCCGCCGCCGCCCGCUCGCACUGCGCCGCCAGCCCCGCCGCGCCCGCCUGCUCCGCUCCCGGCCCCGCCGCCGCCAUGCCUAUGUUCACCAUCCAGACCAACGUCUGCAAGGACGCCGUGCCCGACAGUCUGCUGGGCGACCUCACCCAGCAGUUGGCCAAGGCCACCGGCAAGCCCGCGCAGUACAUCGCGGUGCACAUCGUACCUGAUCAGAUGAUGUCCUUCGGGGGCUCCACUGAUCCCUGCGCGCUCUGCAGCCUGUACAGCAUCGGCAAAAUUGGAGGGCAGCAGAACAAGACUUACACCAAGCUCCUGUGUGAUCUGAUGUCCAAGCACCUGCAUGUAUCUGCAGACAGGGUCUACAUCAACUACUUUGACAUGAACGCUGCCAAUGUGGGCUGGAAUGGUUCCACCUUUGCGUAGACCUCUCCCAUCUGUCUGAAGAGGCUGUUCCCGGAUCUGCCCUCACCCUGCCCCUUAGCAGAGACCACUGCACAAAUGGCCCCAUGUCCCAUUUUGUGCUCUCUCACAGAUUGAUGGCUUCUUGAUAGUGUGUUUAAAUAUUGCUGCUUCAACAUUCCUACGUUUUCUGUGUAGAAAACAAAUAAAAGAUUUAGAAUUAAA